AUGCGAUGUCAUUAUGAAGUACUUGAAGUGGAACGUACAGCUGAUAAUGAGACAAUCAAAAAAGCGUACCGAAAACUGGCACUCAAAUGGCAUCCGGACAAAAAUCCCGAUAAUGUCGAGGAAUGCACGAGAACAACUGAAUUUGCAAUGCGAUGUCAUUAUGAAGUACUUGAAGUGGAACGUACAGCUGAUAAUGAGACAAUCAAAAAAGCGUACCGAAAACUGGCACUCAAAUGGCAUCCGGACAAAAAUCCCGAUAAUGUCGAGGAAUGCACGAGUUCCAAAAAGGAUCCGGUACUUUUGGUUCCUGGUAUCGAUGAGCACUAUGAAGAUAACAGUCUUAAUUUAUUCCCAUAUUUCACAUCUACUUGUUACGAUGAUUAUAGCGAUAAUGAUAAGGUAUUACGAUUCAGCGUAUUUUCAUUUCUGCAAAGGCGAAUUCCGCCUUCUGAGGGUGCCAUCAUUGUUAAAGGGCGGAAGCCAUGA